GUCGCCGGCGAUUGUUGCGUAGUGUCGCUGCGGUCGUACAAAGUGUACAAAGGAUUACAGUGUUUUUGGAUGACACGUGGGAAUCGCCAUUAGCAACGAUCAGAGUCAUUAGUGUUCAGUGAGAACAAUGUCGACGACGGCGACGAGUCAUGUGAAAUCGUCCAAUUCCGCCAACAUUCUGAUGUGCAAACAAUGGUGGAAGGUGUGCUGGAUGUAUGGGGACCAGGAGAAGUACUACAGACAGCUAUACGGCAGGAGGAAGUUGAACGUCAGCGCUGACUCCUACUUCGACGACGAGAAGCGCCCCGGAGCACAAAUCACUGAACUGACAGACGAGUUCUUUCAAGACAACUGCGAGAAUAAGAUUGAACCAGCACCUGAUGAGAAGCAAUGGUUCGGAGCAGAAUCUGAGCCUAUAUACGGUUUUAAUAAGAACUGGAAGGACCAAAGACGACAACCGAUACAGAAUUACGAUAUAAACGAACUUCUCGAUUCGGGUUUAGAUGAUAACUUAAAAAGUAUACUCAACGGUCUACCUCCAGCGCCAAAAAAGGAAAUUAUAGAAUCUAAAGACGACAUCUACAAGAACGGUAACACUUUCGGGAAGACAUCCAAAACGGUGUGCAAGACGAAGCGUGGGGCGGUUGUUACGGAAGAAACGGAGAUCUCCACUGAUGGGAGGACGACAGCUAACCUGAAGUUUCAGCGGUCUACCGUCAAGACGGGGCCGAACAGAGUGAAGGAGGUGCUGCAGCCGGUGAGAGAGGACGCCGUGUUGAAGGACUGCGGGCGGAGGAAGUGCGUUGGGGACAAGCUGACGACCACCACCACCACGAUGGUGACCGUCAGCCAGAAGAAGGUCACCUGCUGUAAUGAGCCGGUUUGCCGAAACUGUGUGGUGUCGCCGACGGGCUCCCCGCCGCCGCUGCCGGCGUCCCCCCCGCCGCCGCUGCCGGCGUCCCCCCCGCCGCCCGCGCCGCCCACCCCCCCGCAGCCGUCGCCCUCCAGCUCCAGCCUGCAGUCCCCGCAGUCCGGCAUGUCGUCGCCCGCUCCGGGCCGCUUUCGGGGGCUUCUGGAGCAGGCGGAGCGCCUGAUGAAGGACCCGCGGCACUCCCAGAGUGAUGACGACAGCGGCUGCGCGCUGGAGGAGUACACCUGGAUACCGCCGGGCCUCAGGCCGGAGCAGGUGCACCUGUACUUCUCGGCGCUGCCGGAAGAGAAGGUGCCGUACGUGAACAGCGUGGGCGAGCGGUACCGCCUCAAGCAGCUGCUGCAGCAGCUCCCGCCGCAGGACAACGAGGUGCGGUACUGCCACUCGCUGUCGGACGAGGAGCGGAAGGAGUUGCGGUUGUUCAGCGCGCAAAGGAAGCGCGAGGCGCUCGGCCGCGGGCAGGCGAGGCAGCUCCACGCGCCGCAGCCAUGUGAUAGGUGCGAGGAGAUGAUGGCGUCUGGCGACAUGUGCGUGUCGGCGGCGCGCGCCGGGCCGGCCGCUCGCUGGCAUCCCGCGUGCUUCGUGUGCUGCGCCUGCCAGGAGCUGCUGGUAGACCUGGUGUACUUCUGGCGCGAAGGCCGGCUAUACUGCGGCAGACACCACGCCGAGAGCCUCAAGCCGCGAUGCUCUGCGUGUGAUGAGAUAAUCCUGGCGGACGAGUGCACGGAGGCGGAGGGCCGCGCGUGGCACAUGCGGCACUUCGCGUGCGCCGAGUGCGCGCGCGUGCUGGGCGGGCAGCGGUACAUCAUGCGGGACGCGCGCCCCUACUGCCUGCCCUGCUUCGACGGCUGCUUCGCCGAGUACUGCGACGCGUGCGGCGAGCCCAUCGGCGUCGACCAGGGCCAGAUGUCGCACGAGGGCCAGCACUGGCACGCCACCGAGCGCUGCUUCGCCUGCCACACGUGCCGCGCCAGCCUGCUCGGCCGCCCCUUCCUGCCGCGCAAGGGCGCCAUCUUCUGCUCCAUCGCCUGCUCCAAGGGCGAGCCGUCCACGCCGUCCGACUCGUCCGGCCCCGGCCCCCGCCCGCCCCGCGCGCCGCGCCCGCGUCGCCCGCCCUCGCUUGAGUCGACGAGGGCGUCGCCGCAGCCGCCCGCCGCGUCGCCCACCGUGGACGCGGACUCGGAGCCGAGCGGGUCGCUGGCGCCGCCGGAGUCACCGCCGCCGCAGCCGCCGCCGCCGCCGCCCCCGCACGCCUGCCUCAGCCUGGACCGCGCGCUGGCAGACCUGAGGCUGGAGCGCGAGGAGGCGCCGCCGCCGCGGCCCACGCCCGUGGCCGAGGAGGUAGACGCGCGGCCGCCGCCGCCGGUGGAGGCGCAGGUGGCGGGCCACUCGGCGUCGAUGCCGGAACUGGCGGGCGCAGGGCGGCGGCGCGGGGGCCGCACGGUGCGCUUCAGCGGCGACGACAACGCGGCGUUCGAGCCGGACGAGCCGCGCGGGGCGGCGGGGGGCGCGGUGGCGGCGCGGGACGAGGACGCGGCGAGCUACUGCAGCACGUGCUCGUCGUCGUCGUCGUCGGUGGAGUCGUACUCGCUGCCGGCGCGGCGCGCGUACGGCGGCGUGCGCAUCUCGUACGUGCCCAACGACGCGGUGGCGUGCGCGCGCCGCGAGCGCCGCCGCCGCAACCCGCAGGGGGACAAGAACUGCAUCAUCUCGUGAUCCUGGGACUUCCUCCCGCCGACCGAACCUCCGACGCAAAGACUGAGCUAGCCCCUAACCCGCCAUACAGUAGUACGUAAGCGUGUAAGUAAAUGUCUUCCCUGGGGCGUCCUCGCGGCGCGCGCCUCCUAGCAGUCCCGGCCCUCGACGACACCGGACGAUAUCGCUAACGGUAGUCGACGUGUUGUUCGGUUCCCACGACUAAAUUACCCUAUAAACUUAAUUUUUAUAUUAUAUUCCGAUAGAGACUUUAAAUUUGUGGCGCCCGAGUGUUUCACAGACUUUCUUGAUAAACUUUAACAUAACUGACCUCGUAAGACGAGACGAAAGUUUGCGGAAAAAUACAAUUGUAAUGUUCGUAUGGCAAUAAAACUCGUGUUCUGAAUUUGUUGGGCGAAGUUUUUUGACCAUUAGGUCAAACAACGAGCGUUGAGUCAAACAAUCGAAUUUAAAUAAUCUCGAUUUUUUUACUUUUGAUCUAUUAACUUAUUGAUUUAGACGCACAUUGGGUCAGAAAGAUUCGCCAUUAUUGUGUAAUGGUUGUAAGCAAUAUUUUGGCGUUUAAACCCAUUAUAUUAUGAGAUAGUCUAAACCCUUUACCCCCUUACUA